AGUGUCAAAGGAGAGAAUGAGGAACCCAAGCCUGAACCACCCAUUUCUCUUCCUGAGCCUCUCGUGUUCCAAGAACCAGAAAAAGAAGAGCUGGAAACUUCCCCAUCAAUAGCUGCUAUGCCUGAACCUGAAGGUUCUAAUUUGGAAGAAGAGAUCAUAGAACUCGGUUACCCAGAAAGCCCGUUAAUUUCUGAGCAGCCCUUCCCACCACGGUUGUCCCCUGAGAUGCUGCAUAAAGAGGAGCCUCACUCUCCACUGCUGACAACAGCAGCACUUGACCAUGUCACUUUGUCCGAGGAGAGAGAGGAAAUCGAGUCUGUUUCUACAGACUCUGCUUUUCUGUCAGAGUACUCUGUGCCUCAGGAUUUGAAUCAUGAACCAGAGAAGCAAGAAGCUGAGCCAGUCUCUCCAUCCAGUGCAAAAGCCGUAUCUGAAUGUGCAGUUUUCUCAGAGGAAGAGAACGAAGAGUUUGAGCCUUGUUCCCCAGCUGUGGCCUCAGUGUCUGAGCGCUCUCUCUGGCCACCCACUCCUGAGAAGUCUUCUGAAAACCUGUCACCACUGUUUUCUGCAGCCCCUUCAGAACACAUGGGCCUUUCAGGAGAUGAGGCCUCAGAAAGUGGACGUUACACUCCAGAUUCCUCAUCUGCUUCAGAAUAUUCAGUUCCCUCCCAUGAAGCACAAGAGUCACUGAAGAAAACAAUUGACCACAAGUUCCCAUUAAAAUCAAAAGAUGUUUCUGAGUCUAUGAUUCUGUCAGAAGAAAUGAAAGACCCUGAGUCACAGUCUCCAGCUGUGGCCUCUAUGUCUGAGCACUCUCUCUCACCAUCCCUGAUGGAGAGGACUCCUGAGUGCCAGAGUCCCCUGCCUUCUGCUGCUACGCUGCAACACAUGGUCCUGCCAGAGAUAGAGGACCUAGCAAGUGAGCAUUUCACACCAGAUUCAAAAUUGACUUCUCAAUCUGCAGUCCCCCUAAAUGCAACACAAGAAUCCCUGAAGAUCAUUGAUGAGGUAACUCAGUUCAAAUUAAAAGACAUUGUUGAGCACACAGUUGUGUCAGAAACAGAGAUGGAAGAUGUUAGCUCAUGUUCUCCAGAUGUGGUCCCUCUACCUGAGUGCUCUCUCCCACCCCACACAACUGAGAUGACUUCUGAAUGCCAGGCCCCACCACCUGUAGGCACCCUACCUGAACACAUAGUCCUAUCUGAACAAGAGACAAUAGAAAUGGAGCCAUACUCACCCUCUUCCACAUCU